AUGAACAAUUUCCAUCAUUAUAGAGCAACAAGAAUUGUCCAUUAAUCUAUAAAAUAAAGAUCUGCAUAAAAGGUCAAUCAAUUUAGAGCUUCUUUAAAAAGUAUGACUAAUUUCUUACACUCUAGGUAACGAGCCUGUGGAUUCGGUUAUUUUCAAUCAUCCGUAACAAAAAGGUAUCAGGAUUAAAACAGAGCCACAAAAUUAUUAAGCUUUCAAAGCCACUUCUUAAAAUAAGAAAUUUAAUUAGUUGCUAAAUCAUGUAGAUGAAAAGGGCUUAAAAUUGUCCAUUCAGAUGGAAUAAGUAAGAUAUAAAAAAUAACCUAAAUUUCCACCAUUAAAAGGAUUUCUCUAACACAGGUAUCAAAUUUAAUCUUAAUUAAAGUCAAAUCCUUGAAUAACCUCUUGAUACUCCUACUUUUAGAAAUAAAAAUCAAUUAUUAAGCAAAACAUUAGAGAUUGAUAAUCCAUCAACAAUAAUGGAUUUUUAGCUUAAUACUAUUUGUUUUCCAACUUUUAAUGAAUCUAAGGAAUAAAGUCCAAAUAAAGAAAAGAAAAAUGGGACUUUUCCUAAAUGUAUCUUCUUUUGUGAUGUAAAAAAAGCUCGGAAUUUUUUCUAGAUUUCAAGCUAAAAAUGA